AUGGGAUGUCAUACCUUUAGCUGCUGGGAGUUCAGCCAAACCCAUGGCUAUAUCAUUAUAAUUCUUCAAUUUAUUUUACUUUUUUAUGUCAUUUCGAAUUUUGCUCGUGCGACUUUUAUGGAUCCCGGAUAUUUACCUAGAGGUUUGCCUUCCGGUUCACCUAUCAUUCAAAUAGGCGUGCCCGGUGAAAAGGUUAUGAGCAAUGACAAAACUUCUCCGCCACGACCGCUUAUGUAUAAAACUGUACAGAUUAAUGGCGUUUCUACCCGCCUGAAGUGGUGUGUUACCUGUGAGAUAUAUCGGCUACCUCGUUGCUCCCAUUGUUCUAUCUGCAAGCAUUGUAUAGAUACGUUCGAUCACCAUUGUCCUUGGGUUAACAAUUGCAUUGGAAGGCGAAAUUACCGAUUUUUUUUCCUCUUCUUACUUUCGCUCACUUUUCAUAUGAUAAUGACAUUUACUGUCUCGUUGCUAUUUGUUCUGGAACGACAACAAAAUCUGAUGACUACGGAAGGCAUUAUAGCGAAUGUUAUUCUCAUUCUUGUGGGUCUCAUCUUCAUCCCAGUUGUCGGACUAACUGGAUUCCACAUAUACCUUGUUUUCAAUGGCCUCACAACAAAUGAGCAAGUUACUUCUAAAUAUGGUGACAAUCACAGUCCAUUUGAUCGUGGGCCAUGCAGCAAUUGUGUUUUUAUGUGUUGUAGACCGCUCGGUGCUAUUCUUAUACGGAAACCUGUCACCGGUGCAGCCAUGCAACUUAGCCUGCAAGCCAAGUAUCGCCAAAAAAUGCGGCGGUCAAACAAGAACUCGCGAACGAAGGGCGUGAAUGGGAGGGUAAACACAUAUUCAAGCGGUGUACGACCAAACACUUCGGAUCCUCAACCACCAAUACUCAUGUCUGAAUUGGGUAACCGACUAGAUGGCGAUACUAAUGCUUCGCCAAAGGAUCUCCUUCUACGUCUAAACAAUGAAGAAACUUCUUUGGCACAAGUUCAGAGUUUUUCGUUGACUGACAAGAGGGAUGAUUCUCAAUACCCUAGUGCGAAUUAUCAGGCAGGCAGUGUCUCUUUUCCUGAUAACUUGCCAGUUGGAUUUUCCUAUCGGGCCCCGGACAAACCUACUGGGGUUAAUCCUGGGGAGUCCACCGGAAGAAUAUUCUCCUGCAAGCAUUUGGCAGAGGAUCGCCCAAUCCAGGCAGGUCAUCAAACGUCCAGAAGUCCAAUGGAUUAUAAUGCAUCGGUUGUGUAUUCGAUGCAACCCAAUGCGCCCCUUGUGCCUCCCCACUUGCCUAGUCGCUCUUCUUCCAUCUCCAAGCUCCGCCAGCCAACCUUAGUGGUACCGAAAACUGCCAACGUCCCUCCCUCCUCAUCUUCCCGUCUCAAGGCCAUUGAAGAGCCGUCCCGCCACAGGCUGCAGCAGCCGCAACAACAACAGCCGCAAAACAUCCCCGCAUCCGCCUAUACUGGUGGCACUGUUUUGCCAAAGUAUCCCGUCAAACAAGCACCGAAUGCAACUCAAUCGACAAAUUCCCGCAACCCUUCGAGAGACAAGCGUCUGCAUCAUUACACACCUAGACAGCCAGGUUACAGUGCACCUGUGACCAGCGAGGGCUACUUUGCUUCUCAGCAGCCACAAACUCUACGUGAGUAUCACUUCGCUCAACAGCCUCCGAGAGGCAACUCUGCCAUUAUUUCCUCUGAAGAGGCUCCAGAUGGAACUUUUGAGAUCUCGGUUUGA